AAUGUAGAAUAGAAUAUUCAUUUGUGGUUUCUCGUUCAUCCUCGAGUAUACACAAACAAAGAGAAGAAAAAGGAAAAGAAAUAUCUACAAACUGAAAAUCUAAUUAAAAAAAGAAAAUGUAAACAAUCUUUUAAGCUGUGACGGCGAUUGUUGGUUUAUUUAUUUGUAUUUUUUUUCCAAGACGAAGAGAGACAUAAUAUAUUUACGUUAAUUUAUCCAAAAUUAUAGCUUACGUCUCUUCAUCAACAGAAUUCCCAUUGCUACCGACCCAAUUUUUUUAAAUUUGAUUUCAGGCAUAUAAAUAUUUAGGUGACGUCAGUUGAAAGAGAGUAGUUUUUGGAAGCACUUUGUUUAAAGGGAUUUUGAAAUUGGUGCUGUUUUGAUUUACUUGAUAAGGUUUUGCUGAUGGGAACUUCCGAGGCAGUUCUGCAAGUUCUUUCUGCUGGUCCUUGCAUUUUCACUUCUGAUCCAUGUGCUAGCAAUUUAGAUUUGAAAUUUGCUUCCAAGUUCCACAUAAAGUCCUCGAAGAAAAGGGCCUUGAGGCAUAAGCAAGUGUUAAACUGUUCAAGUUUCCUACAGCAUCACAUAGGAAUCCUUGGACUUAAGGGGACAAGGGACCAUGGUCUGCUUGGGAGUGCAGCAGUUGACAGAUUGCAGUUCCCGAGUUGCAAAUGCCAUCCGGCAGAAAGCGUUAGUGGUGUAACUGCAGAAGAUGGAAAGGGGACAUGGUAUGUUGAUAAUGCAAGGGCGUUAAGCCUUAAUGAUGUUGUAAAUACACCGAAUGUAUUGGAAUUUGGGGGAGUUGAGCAAUUGAGACAAGAAAAGCAAGAUAUCACGUCUAAUGGGGCACUACAACAGGAAAGGGAGAGUUUGUCAACUGAUGGUGCAGUAGGAAUAGGUAGAGAUACCUCUCACAAGGUUACCAUAGAUUCCAUUGAAGAUGAAGCUUGGGACCUACUGCGCAGUUCUGUGGUUCAUUAUUGUGGCAGUCCCAUUGGAACUAUUGCUGCCAAUGAUCCCACAAGUUCCAAUGUAUUGAAUUAUGAUCAGGUCUUCAUUAGAGACUUUAUACCUUCUGGUAUUGCUUUUCUUUUGAAGGGAGAGUAUGAUAUAGUUCGGAACUUUAUACUUCAUACUCUUCAAUUGCAGAGUUGGGAGAAAACAAUGGACUGUCACAGUCCUGGUCAGGGACUGAUGCCUGCUAGUUUUAAGGUGCGUACAGUUCCUCUGGAUGGUGAUGACUCUACAACUGAAGAGAUAUUGGACCCUGACUUUGGAGAGGCAGCAAUUGGUCGUGUAGCACCCGUUGAUUCUGGAUUAUGGUGGAUUAUCUUAUUACGCGCAUACGGAAAAUCUUCUGGUGAUCUCUCAGUUCAGGAGAGGAUUGAUGUGCAGACUGGAAUCAAGAUGAUUCUGAGGCUAUGUCUUGCUGAUGGUUUUGACAUGUUUCCUACAUUGUUGGUGACAGAUGGUUCUUGCAUGAUAGAUCGCCGUAUGGGAAUUCAUGGCCACCCUCUAGAAAUCCAGGCACUUUUUUAUUCGGCAUUGCUUUCUGCACGAGAAAUGCUUGCUCCUGAAGAUGGAUCAGCUGAUCUUGUCAGAGCUUUGAACAAUCGUCUAGUUGCUCUGUCGUUCCACAUCAGAGAGUAUUAUUGGAUUGAUUUAAGAAAACUAAAUGAGAUUUACCGUUACAAAACUGAAGAAUACUCUUAUGAUGCAGUCAAUAAAUUCAAUAUUUAUCCAGAUCAAAUUUCUCCUUGGUUGGUGGAAUGGAUGCCCAACCAAGGGGGCUACCUCAUUGGGAACUUGCAACCAGCUCAUAUGGAUUUCAGAUUCUUCUCUCUUGGAAACUUAUGGUCUGUUGUAAGUGGUCUUGCAACAAAAGAUCAGUCCCAUGCCAUUUUGGAUCUCAUUGAAGCCAAGUGGACCGAUUUGGUAGCAGAAAUGCCAUUUAAGAUAUGUUAUCCAGCUCUUGAAGGUCAGGAGUGGCAGAUUAUCACAGGCAGUGAUCCUAAGAACACACCUUGGUCAUACCACAAUGGAGGUUCUUGGCCAACCCUGCUUUGGCAGCUGACAGUGGCAUGCAUAAAGAUGAAUAGACCAGAAAUUGCUGCCAAGGCUGUUGAAGUUGCUGAAAGAAACAUAUCACGGGACAAGUGGCCCGAAUAUUAUGACACCAAAAGAGGAAGAUUCAUUGGAAAACAAGCCCACCUGUUCCAAACAUGGUCUAUUGCUGGAUAUCUUGUGGCAAAGAUUUUACUUGCAGACCCAUCCGCAGCUAAGAUUCUUACGACUGAAGAGGAUCCUGAGCUUGUGAAUGCCUUCUCUUGCAUGAUCAGUGCCAAUCCAAGAAGAAAGCGUGGACGAAAGGAUUUGAAACAAACCUACAUAGUAUGAAUUUCUCAGUUGUGCGGGUAAAAGUUGGGUAAAUAUUCUCAUGAUUAGUAAUUUAAUUACCUAGGUAUCUAUUGGCUAUUACAGUCAUCAUCAUAAACUGACUUAUGAACUGUAACAUAAUUAUUUACUUUUCUUCCUAUUCAUUUGGGUGGAUAAGCUGAAAUCUCAUCACCACCAUAUUCAUGGAUCAUACGGUCUCCGAUUACGCAUGUAAAGAUCUUGUAUACUGAAAAUGGGGAUAUAGGGGUAGCAUAAAACAUAUUUUAUUAUAGUUGGAUUAUGGUGACUCUUCAACAUUUCAAACAUCAAUACCGGAUAAUAAUUAAUUACACGACCCUUUUCUAGAGAA